UUUCAAUGAACGUUUCAACACUAGCGACCUGCUCGCAUCGUAUAGUCUAAGUGAAGAUGGCUGAAAACAAUGACAGUGUCUGUUAAAUCAACUGUGCAUUCCAUCUUUUAGCUGUCAACAACUAUAGUAACUUGAAUUGUAAAUGAUUGAAAUUAUUUCUUUCAAAUAUUCGUAUAUAGUAUUAUGGCGACUGUCGUUCAAAAUAAUGGAAUGAAACCUUUAACGAAUGGUUCUGUCAACCAUGUAGAUGGAGUUAAUAAUUUAAGAAAUGAACUCUCAUCAACAAACAAUGAUGAACUGUUUCAAGUGAAACUCGAGUCUAAGGAAGAAAUAGAUGAUACAGUUAAGGAUCAAGAACCAGAUCUCGAUAUUUAUAUUAACAAUGUUGUUUGUACCUUCAGUGUCAGAUGUCAUCUGAAUUUACGAGAAAUAGCUCUAAAUGGUUCUAACGUUGAAUAUAGAAGAGAAAAUGGGAUGAUUACAAUGAAAUUGAGAAAGCCUAAAACCACUGCCUCAAUUUGGUCGUCGGGAAAAAUUUCUUGCACUGGUGCAACAAGUGAAGAUGAAGCGAAAAAAGCAGCAAGACGAUUUGCGCGUUCACUUCAAAAGCUUGGAUUUAAAGUACGAUUUAAUAAUUAUAGAGUAGUCAAUGUUCUUGGUUCCUGUACAAUGCCAUGGAACAUAAAAAUAACUAAAUUUUCCGAACGUUAUAGACAAAAUGCCGAAUAUGAACCUGAACUUCAUCCUGGUGUAACGUUUAAAAUGAAGGAUCCGAAAGCAACUCUUAAAAUUUUUUCCACCGGCAGUGUUACAGUAACAGCCCCGAAUGUAGAGUCGGUCAGAAUAGCAAUCGAGAGAAUUUAUCCACUAGUCCACGAAUUUCAGAACGAGAGAACAGAACAAGAGAUGAUUGAAUUGAAAUUGAGGAAGCGUCAUUUAGCGGUACAAUUUGAAAAAGAAGAACUCAUAAAACAAGAGAAUGAACCAAUGGAGGAAGAAUUUCUCUCUGGUCCAGAUGAAAAUAUUGAUAGUGAUUCUGACUGCAUCUGAUCUGUUUUCACUUUCCAUGAAAGUGUUCUUAUUUCCCAAUGAACAGGUACAUUUAGUGUAUUAACACCUGUGUUUCGCGCAAAUGAAAUAAUUGAAAAAAAUGCGUUUUUGCACGGGAAACUUUAAUGAAAGAGUGCGUGCGUGCGUGCGUGUAUGCGUGUGUGAUAAUAAAUGCUUAAUACGCGUAAGUGCUAGUAAUUUAACGAAAAAAUAAUUAUUAUUAAAAAAAAAAAUACAAAAAGAAAAAAAAUACCACAAUUAGGCUCGUGAUCAUUGACAUGAGUGACGUUCUCAAAGAUUUAAUUGACAAUUGUUUCGUGCAUCCUCGUUCAAGCACGUAGAAUAGUUUCAUCUAUUUAUAGCGCAUACAAGUUUUUUUUUAGAUGUGGACGUUGUUUGACCGAAAAUAUUCAAUUGUCAUUUGAAAGGGAAUCACAUGUAAUUUUACUUUUUCCACAAAAGAAAGUCAGAAAUUUGUUUUUCUAUUUGAAAAUUAGAUAUUGUAAAAUUACAUAAUUACUUUUCAUGACGCGUAGAAAAUUUUUUGUUAUUCAUUUAAUAUUCAUUGUCAUGUUUUAUUAAGAGACUUUAUCAUUUUUCACAACUUUAUAAGAAAAUUAUAAUCGCGAUUUCUCGAUAGUGACAGAUAUUGAAAUGCAAAAAAAAAAAAAAAAAAAAAAAAAAAAAGAAAGAAAGAAAUAAACGGCAGUGGAUGUACGUUUCUCUCAUCUUCAUUUUUCUCAAACUUGAUACACUGUGCCAAAGAUGGAUGUUCAAAAUUUAAAGCAAAACGUGAUUAUAGUAAAUUUAUAAAGCUAAAAAUUUUGUUCAUUUGUAAGAUUAAGUUCUCUUACUUAUUUUCUUUGUCAGCAACAGAAUGUUUCGACUAGUUUGAUUUUCAGUUUUGUAUUUAAAUUAUUCAGCUUUUUUAAUAGUCAAAAUAAAAUAUUUCUAAAAAUGUA